AUGGCUUCCACUCCUUCAAAUCGCCUUAGGCUGACGCCGUCCAACUCGCCAUUCCUUCUUCCCAGGCCGGGGGGCCGCUCGCCCCUACGCAGCCGUACGCUCCCAGAGACGCCGUCUCGCUUCAGCCUUAAGCGUGUCGUCGGCACAACUUGUGCAUCGCCGACUGGUUUUGACACUGUCGGCUCCUCCUUCGCCUACACCGCUGGUGGGGCGGCCGUUGUGGUAGACGCGGGCAGCGAUGAGUGUCAGCAAAGGUUCUUCAGAGCGAGGCCGACUGCCGUGCCCGUCUACAGUACACUAUCUCUGCCAUAUUCGCCUUCAAUGCCUUCAACUCCAAAGGCAAAUGACAGCAGAAAUCGAAGCUCACUGCGCGAGUCUUCGUAUGGAGCGAUAGACUGGUCUUCAGAGUCACCCUCUUCCAAGACGUGGACUAGCCGGGAGCGCAUCAAGGCUGCUACAUGCCUAUCGCUCAGUCGAGAGGGGCGAUUCCUCGCCGUUGGUGAGACUGGAUACGCGCCGCGGGUUUUGAUUUUCGGCCUCGACGAGGAAUCUUCCACCACGCCGCUGGUGUCCAUCAGCGAACACACCUAUGGAGUCCGCGCAGUGGCAUGGUCGCCGGACUCCAAGUAUCUCGCCUCUUUAGGAUCGGCAAAUGACGGGUUUCUAUACGUUUGGAGGAUAGACCCUCGGACGGGAGCGGCAAGGCUAUUCCAGCAGAAUAGAUGCACUUCCUUUGUGCAAGGCAUGGUAUGGGUCGGCAGCAACCUCCUCACUUUUGGAGUGCGGCACAUCAAGAUCUGGAGGGUCGAAGAGCGCCGUUCGGCGUCGCCCACCAAAAGGAUGAACGGAGAAAACAGUUCGCCCGCUCAGGUUCAGAAGACGCUGCCGGGCAGAAACGUUCUUCUUGGCAACAUGAUCGAAGCCACAUUUUCCUGCGCGGCUGUGAUGGACAGCAGCAGGGCAGUGCUCUGCACCGAGAUGGGCGACGUGUGUCUUUUCGAUGACUCGGAGAAACAGAUGAAGCUAACCAAGGUUGUCGAGGCUGGGUCGGCAAUCACCUGUGCCUCUAUCAAAGAUGGCGCUUUAUAUCUUGGCGGCAGAGAUGGCGCCUUUAUGAUCCUCGAUAUUGCGGCUUUCGAAAACGGCAGCGGUGACUGCAUUCGCGCCAGCUGUAGUGCGACUGCGGGAAUUAUGGCUCUUGGCUUCGUGAACGACGGCUUGGUCACUCUCGACUCGAAACACUCUAUCGAAAUCCGCAAAAAGGGCGACAGUACAGCUCAAUUCGACCUUGAACUCCCGGCUGUUCCCAUGGCCGGCCAUGGAGAAUCCAUCUUGGGCGUAGAGAGCCUGGCAAACCCUAAAGAAUCCGGCGCAGCAUUCUGCACGUGGUCAGGAUCUGGAAAUAUGAUCCUUUGGGACGUUGAUGGCAAAAUGAAGUCGUCCUUCCAAGUGCCUCUGGAGCAAGCCUACUUUGAGAGUGAGCUUGACGCUGUCAACCAGCUUACGGUUGUCAAGGCGAGUCCUCGUGGAGCAUAUUUCAUCACUGGCGACAAACUCGGUGUCCUACGUGUUAUUGCUGCGUCAAGCAAAGAAUGCGUAUCAGUGCUCAAGGUUCACUCAUCUGAUUGCCAGUCAAUCACCUCGUUUGAGACGGACUCGAAGUUCAUCAUUGCCUCGUGUGGACGAGAUCGAAUCACUCAGUUGGUCCAGAGGAUGCCGGAUGGCACGUUUGAGCAUUUCCAGACCCUCGAAUUUGCUGCGAAAGUUGUCGAAGUCCUCUUGCCUUCUGCAGAGAAGGUCAUUACAUGCUCGCUUGACAGAACCCUGCAGUUCCAUGACAUUGUCAGUAGAGAGGAUAACCCGAAUGUUUUGGCUGCUAUCACUGCCAAGAGCGUACCGCUCAAGGCUUCACCGACAUCGAUGGCCGUGGCACCCGACGGCAAGUCGAUCUUCGUAUCACUUCUCGAUCGAUCAGUGUGCGCUUUUGGACUGGAUACUGGGAAGGCGAACAGCUCAUUCAAAUGCACUGACGAAUGCGGAAUCGAGUCCGUGGUCUUAGACUCUCUCAUCGCCCGGCCCGGGAAUGACAAGGAGCCGCCGUUCUUGCUCGGUAUAUCUAAUACUGAUAAGUCUAUCAGAGUUUACGAUUCCCAGGUCGGGGUUUUCUUGGACCGCGAAUGGGGACAUACCGAGGCAAUCAAUGGAGUCAUUCUGGCGCAAGGCGAGAAUGACGAGAGGAGAGUCGUCAGUGUUGGAUCAGAUGGAACAAUUAUGAUCUGGGAGAUGGAUUUGCAGCAGCGGUCUUUUGGGGCCGGCGAUCGUGACCCAUCCCCUGAGAAGGAGAUAUCUACAGUGCGGCGGACACCACUUCGAAGAGUCCUGUCCAAAGCUGAACUUGCCGAGUUCCAGCGGCCACCGUCAUCGGCGGGCUCAAUAGCCCGACGCUCUCCACCGCGGACUUUGCCGAAACGACGUUCCAUCUAUAACCUGGCAUCUUCGAGCUCGGUCCACACCCCUCUCGCAACUCUGCAGUCAAGUCCGAGUCUUUCUAUUGCGGAAGACACUCCGUCCCGGCGGCCAUCGAACGACAGCCGAUAUAGCAGUCCUCCUACCAGCCCGAAAGGGCGCCUUGCGCGUCGUGCGUCAUCACAAACCCUCGGGGAGUCUGUCAGAAAGGCAAGCGCCGGCAGCCUGAGAGGUUAUGGCACGCUGAACAUGGCGACCGAGCAGGUCUGCCGAACUUUGAGGAGUUAUCGCAAAAAGCUUGUCUCUACAGAGCCAAUCAGCCAGGAGUUACUGGCAGAGCUCGAUCAAGAAUUGCGCUUCACAGCCGUCGCAUUGGGCGAUCGCGUGACGCGCAGCAAGGCGAUGACUGAUACCAUGCUCAAUGGCCUUCUUGACCAGUACUCGGAGCGGCUACUUUCGAUGAUGGAUGAAAAGAUCAAGCAGAAUUACCCCUCGCCGACGGAAAGUGGCCCCGAAGCCUCGCAACUGCGCCCCAAAUCAUCUGGCUCCGGAUCGAGCAGCGGUUCGUUCUAA